UAUAUAGUAUAGAAAGGUUGCCAAUUGGUGACAUAUCGUCUGAGGUUUGAAGUCUAACCCCGUUGUCUGUGUACCGGAGUUGGAACCGGGCUUCCCUUCUCCUUGUUUCUCUCCUAUUAACUCCUCUUAUCUUCUUUUCUCUUCUCUUCUGCACUUUUUCUUCAAAGGGACCAUUUUUUGUUUCUUUUAAGGCCCAAAAUCAAGGGUGAUAGGCUACGCCUAGCAGUUGGUAUCAUGGGCAAUGCUUCUUCUUUGUUGCUUUAUGCUGCACCAAUGUAAUGUCAAUAUAUCCCUACACAUACAUACAUACAUACAUACGUGGUAAACGAAUAUAUGUGUUGUACAGCUUGACUUUUACAAGGGUCAUAAGGAAAAGAAGCACUGAAGAAUUCUCAUGCAUCCCAUACAUCGUUGCACUAUCGAAUUGUCUCCUUUACACAUGGUAUGGAUUGCCUGUUGUGAGCUACAAGUGGGAAAAUUUCCCUGUCAUCACCAUUAAUGGUUUAGGGAUCAUCUUAGAGUUAUCUUUCAUCUUCAUCUAUCUUUGGUUUGCUCCAACAAGAGGAAAGAUUAAAGCUGGUACCAUAACGACGAUGGUUAUGGUAAUAUUUACCGUAACUGCAAUUAUAUCGGCUUUUGUAUUUCAUGAUCAUCAUCAUCGGAAAGUUUUUGUUGGGACUAUUGGGCUGGUGGCUUCAGUGGCAAUGUACGCUGCUCCACUUGUCGUCGUGAAACAAGUGAUAAUGACAAAGAGUGUGGAAUUUAUGCCGUUUUAUUUAUCUUUUUUCUCGUUCUUGGCUAGUGUUCUUUGGUUGGCUUAUGGACUACUGAGUCACGAUCUCCUUCUUGCGUCACCAAAUCUGGUUGGCCUCCUCUUGGGUAUAUUGCAACUUGGACUUUACCGCAAAUAUAGGAAAAGAGGAACAACAUAUAAUAUCCAGGAGAUUAGAGCAUAAUAAUAUAUAUCCAGGAGAAACCCGAACAUAUGCAGCUCUCAAUGAACAAAGAUAUCAAUGGAAAGAUAUGAAAAGCAUAUUAAACCUUAGGGUAUGGACUUGUAAUAAUUAUUAUUCUUAAAAGCUAAAGGUGAAAGUUAUUACAAUAUCAAUGUCUUGUUUUUUCUUUUUUAAAA